AUGGGAUCUUCCGAUGACUCCACUGCGAUUCCCGAUCUUCGUCCGCCAUUGAUUGACCAAUACGAGAAUCCUUACUUCCUGCAUUCUUCUGAUCACGCCGGUCUCAUCCUCGUCUCCGAUCGUCUUGCUUCUGGAUCGGAUUUCCACUCUUGGCGCCGUUCGGUUCGUAUGGCCCUCAACGUCCGCAACAAGCUGGGCUUCAUUGAUGGUACGAUUCCUAAACCGCCUAAUGGACAUAGGGAUGCUGGUAGUUGGUCUAGAUGCAAUGAUAUGGUAGCGACUUGGCUUAUGAACUCGGUAUCGAAGAAGAUAGGCCAGAGCUUGUUAUUCAUGUCGACUGCUGAACAGAUUUGGAAGAAUUUGAUGUCUCGUUUUAGGCAGGACGAUGCUCCUCGCGUUUAUGAAAUAGAACAACGCUUGAGCAAUUUGCAGCAAGGUUCCAUGGAUGUUAGUACUUACUACACCGAAUUGGUUACCUUGUGGGAAGAGUAUCACAACUACAUUGAGCUUCCUCUUUGCACUUGUGGAAAAUGUGAGUGUAAUGCAGCUGCUUGUUGGGAGAAAUUGCAGCAGCGUAGCCGCGUCACGAAGUUCUUGAUGGGUUUGAAUGAAGUGUAUGAACCUACUCGGCGUCACAUUUUGGUUCUGAAGCCAAUACCAUCCAUUGAAGAUGUGUUCAAUAUGGUUUCUCAGGAUGAACGUCAGAAGAGUAUCAAACCUUCUUCGAAACCCAAUGUAGCCUUUCAGAAUACUGGACCAGUUGCUACGUAUGGUGAUGCCUCUGAUCAGGGUUCCUACAAUGGCCCGAUGGAUAAUGCUGCCUAUGCUGCCUCGUAUUCUCGCCAACAGAAACCUGUAUGUACUCACUGUGGACGGACUGGUCACACUGUGCAGAAAUGUUAUAAGCUUCAUGGUUAUCCUCCGGGACAUAAAUUCUACCAGAAGCCUAACUCUGCUCCACCACAGUUUCCGUCUUCUCAGCAGGGAUCUCGUUCGUCGUAUCCUCCUCAGACCUCCCAGAAAGCCAAUGUUGCUAAUGCUGUGGCUGGUCCUUUGGGAAGCUCUGCUCCUCUUGAUCUCACUCACUUUACAGCUGAUCAGGUGCAAUCCUUGAUCAAUCAACUCAGUGCACAUGUCCGAGUCUCAGAGCAAUCGUCUCCUUCCCUAUCUGCAUCUAUUACAGCGAAUGGUUAUAUGGAUCCUCAAUCUACUUCUGGUGUAACAGUCUCCUUCCCCGAUGGCACUAGUGUUCCCAUUAGUCACAUUGGCACUGUGCAUAUUUCCGAGCAUCUCAUUUUGCAUGAUGUCUUGCAUGUGUCUGCAUUCAAGUUUAACCUGCUUAGUGUUAGUUCUCUUCUUCAAUAUCAGAAAUGCUCUGCUCACUUCUAUCAUGAUUCCUGUUUUAUUCAGGACCAUAUUCAGGACUUGACGAUUGGUAAAGGAGUUCUCAUUCAUAACCUCUACAUAUUAGAGUCAGCUAAUCUUCUUUCUUCUCGACAUCUCUGUGGCUCUUUGGUGGAUAGUCAUCUAUGGCAUCAACGUCUGGGCCAUCCUUCUUCUGCCAAGCUACAACAUAUUCCUGGUAUUUUACCAAUGUCAAAAUCGAGUCAUAGUCAUUGUGAUGUUUGUCCUUUAGCUAAACAAAAAGGGUUGCCUUUUGUUUCUAAUAAUCGUUUGUCUGCCUCUCCUUUUGAUCUUGUUCAUCUGGAUAUAUGGGGCCCUUUUAGAGUCGAGUCUGUUGAAGGUUUUCGUUAUUUUCUUACUAUUGUUGAUGAUUGUACCCGUGUUACAUGUGAUAAUGCUCCUGAACUUGCUUUUCAUCAAUUGGUGCGUAACCAUGGUAUGGUCCAUCAAUUCUCUUGCGCUUAUACGCCUCAGCAGAAUUCAGUGGUUGAGAGGAAACACCAGCAUCUUUUGAAUGUUGCUCGUGCCUUGAUGUUUCAAUCCAACAUGCCUUUGGUGUAUUGGAGUGACUGUGUAUUAACAGCUGUUUUCCUUAUCAACCGGACUCCUUCUUUACUCUUGGAUAAACGAUCCCCAUAUGAGGUAUUGUUUCACAAAUCUCCUGACUAUUCCUUCUUACGAUCAUUUGGCUGCUUAUGCUAUGUCUCUACACAUCAUAAAGAUCGUAACAAGUUUAGCCCUCGUGUUGUCCCUUGUGUUUUUCUUGGCUACUCGUUUGGUUACAAGGGAUAUAAGGUUCUCAACUUGGAUACUAACGUUGUUUCUGUUUCUCGGAAUGUUAUAUUUCACGAGAAUGUGUUUCCCUUUAAACAGCGAGCCCCCAUUACACCUAUCAAUGACUUGUUUGGUACUUUCGUGUUACCGAUUUCACCUCCUCCUGAUAUUGGACUGGAGCCUCAAAUUUCCCCUGUACCGGUAACGUCUGUUCCUUCCCCUCUUACUCCGUCGAGUGAGCCUCAUUUGGUAUCUUCUGACCCUUCUCCUGCAUCUGCAUCUGGCAUUUCAUCUCCUGUUGUGCAUUUGGAACCUUCUGAGACAUGCAUUCAUAAUGAACCUUCUGUUAUUGCAUCUCAUGAUCGUACUAGUCCUGUUUCUGAGUCUAGUCAUGUUCCUGGUCAUUCAUCUGCAUCAUUACAUCCUGUGCCACUUUCUCGGGACUCUAGUGUUCCAUCUUCUCGGGUGGAAGCUGUUGCACCGGCUGCAGAAGAGGUCUCACGUCCCACUGUCAGACCCAAGCGACAAGGUACAUGGAGCAUUGUGACUUUGCCCGAUGGAAAGCACGUGAUUGGUUGUAAGUGGGUGUUUACCAUUAAAUAUCUUUCUAAUGGUACGAUCGAGAGAUACAAGGCUCGUUUGGUGGCCAAAGGUUACACUCAGCAAGAAGGGAUUGACUACAUCGAGACUUUCAGUCCUGUUGCUAAACUUGCUAGUGUGAAAUACUUGCUGGGCUUGGCUUUGUCUUUUGGUUGGAUUCUUUGGCAGAUGGAUGUGACUAAUGCGUUUCUUCACGGUGGUCUGGAUGAGGAGAUCUACAUGACUCUGCCUCUCGGUUAUACACCAUCCAAUGGCGUUCUCCCUCCGAAUCUGGUCUGUCGUCUGCACAAAUCUCUUUAUGGCCUGAAGCAAGCCUCUCAUCAGUGGUAUCACUGCUUCUCCGGCGUUGUUCUUAAAGCCGGUUUCGUUCAAUCUCCAGAUGAACUGGAGUCUCUCAAAUGUCAUCUCCACGAGGCUUUCAAGAUCAAGGACAUUGGUGUUCCCAAGUUCUUUUUGGGUUUGGAGAUUUCACGGACGGAGCAAGGCAUCUCCAUUUGUCAACGGAAAUAUGCCUUAGACAUUCUCACGCCGACGGGUCUUCUCGAUUGCAAGCCGGCUUCUGUUCCGAUGGAUCCUACGUUGCGGCUUCGCAAAGACACAGGCACGCCACUCGCCAGUAGUAAUCCGUUUCGAGAGCUAAUUGGCCGUCUUCUCUACUUGACGAUAACGCGAUCUGAUAUUACUUUCGCGGUGAAUAAUCUUAGUCAGUUCCUUUCCUGUCCGACUGAUAUACAUCUUCAGGCUGCUCAUCGGAUUCUGCAUUACAUCAAGGCAAAUCCGGCUCAAGGUUUAUUUUACUCUGCUGACUCUGAAGUGUGCUUGAAUGCUUUCACUGAUGCGGAUUAUGCUACAUGCCCUGAUUCACGACGCUCUGUUACGGGCUAUAUGGUCUACCUUGGCAAAUCUCUCAUCACGUGGAAGUCUAAGAAGCAACAAACCGUGAGUCGUAGCAGUACUGAAGCUGAGUAUCGGAGUAUGGCCCUUGCUACUUGUGAAUUGCUAUGGUUGAACCAACUUCUUCGUGACAUGAAGAUCACUCCGACUGCUCCGGCAAAGUUGUUCUGUGACAACAAGUCUGCAAUGCAUAUUGCGAGCAAUCCCGUCUUCCACGAGCGCACUAAACACAUUGAAGUUGAUUGUCACACCGUUCGUGAUCAAGUGAAGAAUGGAUUCAUGAAGCUCUUUCAUGUUGCUAAUGAGAAUCAGCAUGCUCACAUUCUCACCAAACCUCUACAAUCGGGUCCUUUCUACAACCUCCUUCAUCACUUGUCUAUUUCAAGCAUGUUUCAUCCUCACACGAUUCCGAUCAUACAUAAUCCUGAUCCUGAUCAUGCUGCAGUCUAUGUUCCGCUUUUACAGGCUUGA